AUGGCCUACAAGAAUAGCUCGUCGGUGCCCACAGCGUUGCCGGAGACCAAGGACUGGCAUCUCGACACGCCCCUCGAGGCAUACGACCUCAAUUGGGUCUUUCCCGUCCGUCCGCUCUCGACGUCCAAACUGAGAGUAGAGCCUUUCAUUCCCUCUGUCCAUGCCGAGCUUCUCUGGCAGGAGCUGUGUCGAUCACCCGCAUUGUUCACCUAUCUGGGCUAUGGGCCAUUCGGAUCGCGCGCAGAGUGGCUCACCUGGCUCGAAGCGACUAUCAGAAGGGACCCUACAGUCACCUUCCUCGCCAUCAGAGAUCUCACAAAGCAGGCAUCAGAUGGGAGGCCAGGUAAGAUCGUAGGUAGCAUUGCCCUCAUGGCGGCCUCGCGCGUCCAUCUGCAGAUUGAGAUUGGCCAUGUUCUCAUCCUCCCAGAAGCCCAACGCACCCAUGUGACUACACAUGCGACUUGCCUCUUGCUCGCUUAUAUCCUCAAUCCGAGCGAAACAUCACUUCUGCCCAGCCAAGACGAAGCCAACAUGAUCGCCAUCGACCUAGAUUCCCUUUCUGAGCCAGUGAUAUCGAACGAGGCAGAGCGUCUGCUGAGGAGUCCAGGACUCGGCUGUAGAAAAGCAAUCUGGAUCGCGCACGCCAUGAAUGACCCUUCCAACAGUGCUGCCACUAAGAUGGGCUUCUCGCCCGUCGGACUACUCGAAUAUGACAGAGUCAUCUCCCCGCACAAGCCCGCCGAGCGCUUCGAUUGGCUCGACAAUCUGCCUCGAGAGACCACACGGCUCUUCGGUUCGUCCAGGCGCGGUGCUGGGUUUGGCACACCGGAAGCAGGUGUCAUCCGGCAUUCCAGGCUAUGGCACAUCACUUGCAAGAGCUGGGCAGAAGGGCUCAAUGAGACGAUAGCAAAAAAGCUAGACAGGGUUAUCUGA